AUUCCUUCGCUGUUACUAAUAAGCUAGCACACGCCAGGCACGGCUAAGUACGAAUAUACGGAACAUACGUGUUGUUUCAACCUUUACAAACAAAUUUACCGUUAAAAACUAAACAAUGUAAUGUUUGAAACAGUUGUGACAUUUGGUGCCAUUGUUUUUACGCUUGACCGGACAAAGUCCACCUUUUUAUGUUCCAGUGCUAGCUAAAACUUCAUAACUUCCUGUAAUUUCUGCUUAUUGGCCUGCCGUUGUACUGAAUGAACGCCUCAUGAACUGAGUGAUGCGAUUCAUUGUAUUGAAGAUGUGCUUCUGACAGCCUUUUACUGCCCCAUAUCGAUUUAAUCAGCAAAAAAUAGACACAUUUUGUAUAUUGAAGGCUUGCAGAGGACAAGGUAUGUCUGUCCAAGUCUCCAAUGAAGAGGCGGUGCGCUUGCCCGCCAUUCAAACCGUGCAAGGUCAGAUAGCAGGAAGUGACAAGAUGCCAGAGAGUGUAAAAAAGACAUGCGAGGGCGACUUGGAGGAAGAGGAGGCUGCAGGCUGUCAUCUCGUGGAGGACGCCACUCUGCCGUGGCCUGGAGACCAAGACAGGAAGACACAGGAGACAGAUGGCGUCUCUUCCGGGAUGGGAGCGUCCGAGUCAGAGGAGAAGGACACAGGGUUUAGCACGGGGAGCCGGGACCUGUCCGAGGGCCACGAAGCCGACGCCGGGCUGAGCAAAGCCAAAUGGAGGGAGAGUAUGCCCGAGGGAGAGAAGUGGAGGGACGACCUCAUGGAGACGCAGCGGGACAACAAGGGAGAUGGUGGCUCACUGGCGGACGACGAGGAGGAGGAGGAGGAGGUAGAUGAGGACAACCCCUGGAUCUCUGAGAAAGCUGCCAUGGGGAUCAUACCACAGGUGAAAAUAGUGCAACGCUCAUUUGAGGGAGCUCCUGUGGAGAGCAGACUGUCCAUAGAGGACCACACGGACAGGGAGGACCAGACAGGCCCCCCCCAGGACCAUAACUGGACACAACAUGAUGACAAAGACCGUUUGUGUGAGGGCAUGUGCAGCGAGAAAUUGAAGGUGGUAUUGGCCACCGCGUCCGCGGCCGUCCUCUUCCCCUUCCUGGUGUGGGGGGGCUACGCCCUCUUGCCCUUUGACUCCCCGCUGCUCCUCAGCGCCCCCCUCAGGGUGGUGUACACACUGCGGUGCGCCGUCUUUGCCGCCAUCCCCAUCGUGCUGGGAAUAGUGGUGCAGGGCGUGGCCAGGCUGCACUACAGCGACAUGAAGCCUCGAUUCCAGAGCAAAGCGAUCAACAGGCAUGUGUCGGUGCACUCGCACUACGUCAACGAGUCGCUGGGCCUUUUCCUCUUCUUCUUCCUGCAGCUGGCUGUCAUGGCGACAUACGUCAGCCAGGACUUGCUCAAACUGGUGCCUCUUCUCACCGUCGUCUUUGUUUUUGGAAGGCUCAUCUAUUGGGUGUGCUUGUCGCUGGGCAGCAGCAUCCGAGGCCUGGGCUUUGGCCUCUCCUUUUUCCCCAUCUUUGUCAUGCUGGGCGCCAACCUCUUCUUCGUGUGCUCGUCUGCGGCUCAGGAAGCUGUGUUUGACGUGCAGCCGCCCACCACGCCGGCUCCCCCCAGCAAGCGCUGGUGGGGUUAACGCCCCCUGGAGGUGGGACACUCUUACCUUUGUUUUGUGUCUAAGGACAUUCACGUUGGAGGUAAGGAAUGACAAUUUCUACCUUUUACGUAAGCAUUUUGCCACUUUAAAACCAACGUAUCGGUAACUCUGUAUUUCUUCAAUUUGAUGUUGAAAUUUACAAAUGUCUUUUUAUGUUGAUCAUAUCAUAUAUAUUUAAAAUAUUGUGUUUAAGAUGUCUGGGGGCUUAAAUGAGUUGAAUAAAGCUUCACUAAUUGAAUUAUUGUUUUUGUUGGGAAGAAAAGAUGAAAGCAGAACUGAACUUCACUCAGUUUGUCAUUUAAUAUAUAAAAUACAGUAAACAUACGCAAAAAGGAUAAGGUUUCAAGGGACUUGGAUACUUUGGUACAACAAACACUUUUUUCCUGUAAAAGCGGUAUAGAAUUUCAAUAACAUCAGUGCAUACUUUUGUAUAUGAAAAUAUACACAAACUGUUUAUCAUUCAAGAAAAGAAAACAUCUUUACAACAAAACCCAUAGCAGACUAGCUCAACACAAUAUAUUAACAAUAAAUUUCAUCUUUAGUAUUUAUUUGCUACAUCGUUCUGUUUUCAAAGCCAACGUCACCCAAAAUUCUUACCUGCUUCUUUCCCAUGCAUUGAACCUUUUUAUUUUUAGCAAAUCCACCAAUUACUACUUCUUAUAAAUAUAUUCUAUAUCUGGAUGAAAACUGCAGCAUUAUCACUGGUACUUCCUUUUAUUGCAUUUGCUAAUACCGCCUUGUCCCCACGUGCAAAAGGAAACCAGUUUGUUUGAUGUCGGUGAUAAGAUGAGUUGAAGUAAAAAAUGUGCUCUAAACUACACAACCUUCUCACAAAAGAACUGCUGCACAAAGAAAUGUCAAACAAAACACACAAGUAACACGGGUCCAAAUAUUUAGAUUGUCAUGUGACCACACAAGGCAGGAGGGAGCCAAUCAGAGUGCUCUCGCUUGGCACUGAUAUCAACUAUCAAAUAAGGAGCACGGAACUCCAUUUUGCAUGGUUUUUAUAAAGAAUAAACUCACAAGAAUUUGGACAGCAACAAAAUAUUGUUUGUAUCCAACAAGAAAAGCAUGUAUUGACACUUGUUAAAAGUUGUGAUUAUGAACAAAAAUUUGGAGAUGCAUCAUUUUAUUUGAUAGCAAUAAAAUGGUUAGCAUCAAUGGUUGCCAACCGUCCCGCAAAAGUACGUGACAAGGGAUGCAACAAUUAUACAUUUUGACUGUACGAUUUUAGUCUUGAGUGCUAUCACUGUUUCACGAUUGUGUUGAAUAAUUUCACAACAAAUAAAUUAUAAAAUCACAUUCCAUAAUGUUUCUGUAUCAUUUAUUCCUGUCGAAAAUAACGUAAAUCAAAUAACAUCCGGGGUUGUUUUUUUUCUUCCUGAAAA